AUGGCAGCGGGCUUGCCUCCUUCACUUCCAGGUGACAUGUCUCCUUUCCACCCGCCGAUGUUGCUUGGCAGGUCGCUCUCACACGCAAUAGCUGCCUCGCCGAUGGUGCCUCAUGGAGCUCCUUCCUCCCCUUCUGGCUUAGUCCAUUCAACAUCGCAUCUGAUGAAUCUACAGAGUUUGGUGCCAUCAAUUUCGCAUUCACAGACCUCCAUGUUCCAACCAGCAAACUUCCAGUUCACCUUCAAUGCGCCAGAACAAGUGAAAUCGGCUUCGCCAGACAUCAGGCCUCAGCAGACUGAGCCCUUGACACCCCAGGCAACCCCGACGCUGUCCACGACAUCUGGGCAAGCUGCAGCGCCGUCAGCACCCUCAGCACAUUGUGGGCUUCCUCAUGAAGGGGCAACGCCUUCGCAGCCAUCCGUGCGCAUGCGAGAUGCUCAGCACCCUGCUUUGGGGGUGUGCCAGGAGCCGAUGAGCUGCGACACACAGCUGAUGCAAUGUAUUUCCGCGUGCCGGAGAGAUGUCGAGGCCAAAGCAGCUGAGCGCCGUGCUCAAGGCCAGAAGUAUGUUGAUCCGGACUUUCCGGCCGACUCAAGGGCACUCUGGGUGAACGGCAUCUCGCCGUCUGAGUCAUUGAGCUCUGUGAUGGUGUCAUCCUGGUGUCGGUCGGAGCCCUCAAAGCCACCAGGAGACCCUUCGGAAUCCGGAGUGAUCACGCCGGGUGUGCUUGGAAGCUUUUAUCUGCAGGGCGCUUUAGCAAUGAUGCGAAGCGUGGGCAAAGAUCCCAACGAGCUGAUAGUUCAUCGUGACGCUGAAGCUGGGAUUUACGGUGUCAGGUUUUACAAGGAUGGGAGGUGGAUAUACGAGAUUCUCGAUGACCUUCUUCCAGUGCCUGAGCAGGGAAGAGCGCUGAGCAGCUCUUGUGGCGGACAGGAAUGGCCGGCUCUGAUCGAGAAAGCGUACGCAAAAAUGCAUGGAUGUUACGAAGCGGCUGUUGCUGGAGCGGAAGAGGACGCCAUGGAGGACCUUCUGGGAGUUGGUGCUGGCCGCUUUGCUGUGAGCGACUUCCCCAUCUGGGCGGAGCUGUGGCAGCAUCUGAGGAGCAAGCGCAAAAGAGGCUUUGUCUUGGCGGCCAUUCGAAGGCGGGAAGCAGCAGGGGAGGUGCUGACGAGCGGUCUUCUAAGUGGAUGUGCCUAUCCCGUGGUUGCGCUUGAAGUGGUCAACGGACACGCACUGGUUGCUUUGGAGAAUCCCUGGUUCCAGGGGCGCUGGAAUGGACGCUGGGGUCCUGACUGUCCCGAGCGCGGACAGCUUCAACUCCCAGGCUGCCAGCCGUUCUGGAUGAGCAUACAGGAUUUCUGCCAGCACUUCACUGACAUCGUCCAGGCCCGGUUGGUGCCGGCCUCUUGGCAGUCGGCCAUGGUUGCGAUGUCUGAGGAGAGGCCAAGCUACCCUCUGGUUUCGGUGUCGUCACCAACCCAGGCAGUCUUCAUUCUUUCGCAAAUAGAUCAUCUUCGAUCGAAGAGGAGGGCAGUUCCACUUGGGCUUCGGGUGUACCGAUGUCGCAUAGUGGCCCCGCCGCAGCAUGCCACAGGAGUAAAGCAAAAUGUGUCCAACCCCUUCAAGCCCCUGGAGCUGGUGGCUGAGCGGCCAAUUUCUCAGGCUCGGUCAGUGAUGGUGGAGGUGCCAAAACUUGAGCCGAAUUGCCUUUACGUGGCAUCCAUCUUGUUCCCGCCGAAUGCAUCUCCUACAUCUCCUGACCUGGCGGUCUUACGGGUCCUGACAGCUUCAUCUAUGCGGUUUCGAGAGCUCUCCCUGCCAGAGUCGGCGUACUUCCUCCAAGCUGAAGAAGCCGCAGCUUCUCGGCCCCUGUUCGCCGUUGACACCGACAGCUUCUCGUCUCAG